AUGCGUCUUUUAUGCAACAUGGCGACCGGCAAAGGACUUGCAAUCGUUUUCCGAUCAAAGACUAUUAAUUUUAUCAGCAAUAGUAAAUUAAAUAAAUUGUCAUGUGGUAUUAUGCAGAAAUGUAGCACAUGUCAUCAAUCUAAUAGAACAAUAGUAUUGAGUGUCGGCAACUGGAAUUUAAAGAAAAUAGAAAAAUGUAUGAUAGGAAAUUUAACUCAAAUUCAAAGAGGAAUACAUACAACGCAAAAAUUAUUAAAACGUAAUUAUUAUGAAAUAUUGGGUGUAUCCAAAAAUGCUUCAGCAAAAGAUAUUAAGAAGGCUUACUAUCAACUUGCUAAAAAAUAUCAUCCUGAUACAAAUAAAGGAGAUCCAGAUGCAAGUAAAAAGUUUCAGGAAGUUUCAGAAGCAUAUGAAGUACUAAGUGAUGAUAAUAAAAGAAAAGAAUAUGAUACAUGGGGAGCUACAUCAGAACAAAUGGGAAUGGGACAACAGGGUACUGGUCAUACGAAAGACUUUAACGAAGGAUGGCAAUUUCGGUCAUCAAUCAAUCCAGAAGAAUUAUUUAGAAAAAUAUUUGGAGAAACUGGAUUUCAAACUAAUAUUUUUAAUGAUUUUGAAGAUUAUCAAGAGUCAAAAUAUGGUUUUGGAGCAGCUCAAGAGGUUAUUAUGAAUUUAACAUUUCCUCAAGCUGCCAGAGGAGUGAAUAAAGAUAUACAAUUAAAUGUAGUAGAUACAUGUCCAAAAUGUUUAGGUUCACGAUGUGAACCUGGAACAAAAGCAGUUAGAUGCCCAUAUUGUAAUGGAACUGGAAUGGAAACGAUUAGCACUGGUCCUUUUGUAAUGCGAUCUAGUUGCCGUUAUUGUUUAGGUACCAGAAUGUUUAUUAAAUAUCCCUGUCAGGAAUGUCAAGGAAAAGGACAAACGGUGCAACGUAAAAAAGUGAUAGUUCCAGUACCAGCUGGUGUUGAAGAUGGUCAAACAAUUCGGAUGGCUGUUGGUAACAAAGAAGUAUUCAUAACAUUCCGUGUGGAAAAAUCGAAAUACUUUCGAAGAGAUGGUCCAGAUAUACAUACAGAUGCUCAAAUUUCAUUAUCACAAGCAGUACUUGGGGGUACAAUAAGAAUAGAAGGCGUUUAUGAGGAUCAUACUAUACAAAUUCGGCCUGGUACUUCAUCUCAUACUAAAAUUCGACUCAGUGGUAAAGGAAUGAAAAAAGUGAAUGGUGUAGGAUAUGGAGAUCACUAUGUACAAAUUAAAAUUAUUGUACCUACAAAAUUAAAUGAUAAACAAUUAGCAUUACUUCAAGCAUAUGCUGAACUCGAAGAUGAUACACCUGGAAGUAUACAUGGCAUAACAUACAAAACAGAUGGGACUAAAGAGAGUUAUACUGGUCCUUUGAAUUUAGUGGAAUCUAUACGGAUAGCAUUAGAUGGCAAAAAUAUUUCUCAUAUAAACUGUGGAACUUCUGAUUCAGAAAAUAAAUCUCAAAAUAAUACUGGAAAGAAAACAAAUAGAUUAAGAAAUGGAGAUAUUAACACAAUGAGAAGACGGGAAGCAUCUUAAAGUUCAAAUUUGAUUAUUAACAAUUUUCAACAAUUAAAAAAAAAGGAAAAAAUGAAAAAUAAUAGUUAGUAACAUUUCUAAAAUUAAAUAAAGAAAUGUAAAAAUAGGAAAAGCUAUUAUGUUUAAGAUGUUUCUGAUAUAUCAAUAUCAUAAAUAUUAUUUAAAUUUAAAAUUGACUAUAAUCUAUAUUUUUUAAAAUUUGAUUAUACAUUGGGAUUAUUGUUGAUUAUUUAAACUAUAAUUAAGUAAUGUUCCUUUGCAAAUAGAACAUAUUCAUAAAAAAAUUAAUAGUUUCUGAAAUAUCAAAAUUAAUAGACAAUUAUAGCUGUGCUACUUUGUGUAAUAAAUUACGCAAAU